CCCGGCCGGGCCGCAGCGGGGCCGGGCAGGGCUCGGGCCGCCGAGAGACCGCCCCGGGGCGCGGGACAGCGGGAGGAGGAGCGGCGGGAGCGGGAGGAGGAAGGCCCGGGGCCUGACAAACCCUCUGCUUCUUCCAGGGCAGCGAGAGGGAAGGCGGGCGGCCGAGCGGAGACGGAGCCGAGCAGGUGGGUGCUGUGUCACCCCUGGCUGCCCACCAUGGUGAAGCUGGACAUCCACACGCUGGCUCACCACCUGAAGCAGGAGCGGCUCUACGUGACGGCGGAGAAGCAGCUGAUCCAGCGGCUCAACGCCGACGUGCUGAAGACGGCGGAGAAGCUCUACCGGACAGCCUGGAUCUCCAAACAGCAGCGCAUCAACCUGGACAGGCUCAUCAUCACCAGUGCUGAAGCUUCUCCUGCUGAAUGUUGCCAACAUGCAAAAAUCUUGGAGGACACACAGUUUGUGGAUGGAUAUAAGCAGCUGGGAUUUCAGGAGACUGCUUACGGAGAAUUCCUGAACAGACUGAGAGAGAACCCAAGGCUUAUUGCAUCCUGCCUGGUUGCUGGAGAGAAGCUCAACCAGGACAACACUCAGAGUGUCAUUCACACAGUCUUUACCUCCAUUUAUGGCAACUGCAUCAUGCAGGAGGAUGAGAGUUACCUGCUCCAGGUCCUCCGUUACCUGAUUGAGUUUGAACUCAAGGAGAGCGACAACCCCCGGCGGCUGCUCCGACGAGGCACCUGUGCCUUCAGCAUCUUGUUCAAACUCUUCUCUGAAGGACUCUUCUCUGCAAAACUUUUUCUUACUGCAACCUUACAUGAGCCAAUCAUGCAGCUUCUGGUUGAAGAUGAAGACCACCUGGAAACCGAUGCAAACAAGUUAAUUGAGAGAUUCUCCCCAGUACAGCAGGAAAAGUUAUUUGGAGAGAAAGGCACAGAAAAGUUCAAGCAAAGAGUCCAAGAGAUGGUUGACUCCAACGAGGCCAAGCUGGUGACUUUGGUCAACAAAUUCAUUGGCUAUCUCAAACAAAACACUUACUGUUUUCCCCACAGCUUGAGGUGGAUUGUGUCGCAGAUGUACAAAACGCUGUCGUGUGUGGACAGGCUGGAGGUUGGGGAGGUCAGAGCCAUGUGCACAGAUCUUCUUCUGGCCUGUUUCAUCUGCCCUGCAAUCGUUAACCCAGAGCAAUAUGGGAUCAUUUCUGAUGCUCCUAUAAAUGAGGUGGCAAGAUUUAAUCUGAUGCAGGUUGGGAGGCUCCUGCAGCAGCUGGCAAUGACGGGCUCUGAGGAGGGAGAUCCACGUACCAAGAGCAGCCUUGCUAAAUUUGACAAAAGCUGUGUUGCUGCUUUCCUGGAUGUGGUCAUCGACGGGCGCGCGGUGGAGACGCCUCCGAUGUCUGCUGUCAACCUGCUGGAGGGGCUGAGCAGGACCGUGGUGUACAUGACAUACAGCCAGCUGACCACUCUGGUUGGCUUUAUGCGCAACGUGAUGUCAAGCGAUCAGCUUAAGGAAGAUCGGAUGGCUUUGGAAAACUUGCUGGCAAACUUACCCCAGAACAAGCCAGGGAAAAGCAGCAGCCUUGAAAUGACUCCAUAUAACACCCCCCAGCUUUCUCCUGCGACCACUCCAGCCAACAAAAAAAACCGGUUACCGAUAGGACAGCAAUUGGCAGCCAUUACUGCCUGGGACACCUCUGCCACCAAUCUGUCAGCUCACAUAACUCUAGUAACCCCUUUUGCAACUCGUAGCAGAAGUAGAUCAAAUAUUUUGAUGGAUCAGCAUGGAGAUCACGAAGGAUCCUCCCAGGAAACUAUCCCAGAAGUUCAGCCAGAAGAAGUGCUGGUGAUUUCUCUGGGGACAGGUCCACAGAUUACUCCAGGAAUGAUGUCAGAAAAUGAGGUCUUAAACAUGCAGCUUGCAGAUGGCGGGCAAGAUGUCCCCAUUGACGAAAACAAACUCCAUGGUAAACCUGAUAAAACCUUGCGCUUUUCCCUCUGCAGUGAUAAUCUGGAAGGAAUAUCUGAAGGUCCUUCCAAUCGCUCCAACUCGGUGUCCUCGCUGGAUUUGGAAGGGGAGUCGGUGUCGGAGCUCGGCGCGGGCCCCUCCGGGAGCAACGGCGUGGAGGCUCUGCAGCUCCUGGAGCACGAACAAGCCACAACUCAGGAUAAUCUGGAUGACAAGCUCCGUAAGUUUGAAAUCCGUGAUAUGAUGGGUUUGACUGAUGACAGAGAUAUAUCAGAAACUGUGAGCGAAACCUGGAGCACAGAUGUCUUGGGAAGUGACUUCGACCCCAACAUGGACGAGGACCGGCUGCAGGAGAUCGCAGGUUCAACCAUAUCAGAAACCACAAGUGAGGCGUGGAGUGUGGAAGUAUUACCGAGUGAUUCAGAGGCUCCAGACUUAAAACAGGAGGAAAGACUCCAAGAACUGGAGAGCUGUUCUGGGCUGGGCAGCACGUCUGAUGACACAGAUGUGAGGGAGGUCAGCUCUCGACCCAGCACUCCAGGACUCAGCGUUGUGUCAGGUAUUAGUGCAACAUCUGAAGAUAUUCCCAACAAGAUUGAGGAUCUCAGAUCUGAAUGUAGCUCUGACUUCGGGGGAAAAGAUUCUGUGACAAGUCCCGAUAUGGAUGAAACAGCCCAUGGAGCCAGUCAGUUGACAUCUCCACCUUCUCAGACAGAUUCUUUGCUUGCAUUGUUUGACCCUCUGUCCUCAAAUGAGGGCGUGUCAGCUGUAGUAAGGCCUAAAGUGCACUAUGCAAGACCCUCUCACCCACCUCCGGAUCCCCCCAUCCUGGAAGGAGCUGUGGGAGGUAACGAGGCCCGACUGCCAAACUUUGGGUCUCACGCUCUGAUUCCAACCGACCUGGAAGCCUUCAAGCAGAGACAUUCCUACCCGGAGAGGCUGGUCCGCAGCCGCAGCUCAGACAUAGUGUCGUCGGUCCGGAGGCCCAUGAGCGAUCCCGGCUGGAACAGACGUCCUGGGAACGAGGACAGGGAGCUGUCCAUGGCCUCCAGCAGCGCUGGAGCAGCUGUGCUGGCAGCCACGUCUCAGUCAUCGUCUUCAUCUCCCAGUAAGGACUCCUCCAGGGGAGAGAUUGAGGAACGAAAAGACAGCGAUGAUGAGAAGUCUGACAGGAACAAGCCCUGGUGGAGGAAACGUUUUGCGUCUGCCAUGCCCAAAGCUCCUAUUCCAUUUAGAAAGAAAGAAAAACAAGAGAAAGACAAAGAUGACAUGGUGCCUGACAGAUACGCAACACUUCAAGAUGAUCCCAACCCAAGGCUCAGUGCACAGGCACAAGCUGCUGAGGACAUUCUGGACAAAUACAGGAAUGCCAUCAAGAGAACCAGUCCCAGUGAAGGAGCCAUAGUGAACUAUGACAGUGCAGAGGCUCUUGGGGAUGGUGAGAGCAUGCACGACUCCCCGCGGGACGAGGCCUUGCAGAACAUGUCUGCAGACGAUCUCCCAGACUCUGCAAGUCAAGUAGCACAGCCACAAAGUUCUGCUUUCUCCUAUAGGGAUGCAAAGAAGAAAUUGAGAUUGGCUCUUUGUUCAGCAGAUUCUGUUGCCUUCCCGAUGCUGACCCACUCAACACGGAAUGGUCUCCCAGACCACACAGACCCCGAAGAUAAUGAAAUUGUGUGCUUCUUGAAAGUUCAGCUGGCUGAAGCCAUCAACCUCCAGGACAAGAACCUGAUGGCGCAGCUGCAGGAGACGAUGCGCUGCGUGAGCCGCUUCGACAACAGGACCUGUCGGAAGCUGCUGGCCUCCAUUGCAGAGGACUAUAGGAAAAGAGCUCCAUAUAUUGCUUAUUUGACUCGCUGUCGCCAAGGCCUGCAGACGACACAGGCGCACCUGGAAAGGCUCUUGCAGAGAGUUCUACGAGAUAAAGAAGUGGCCAACAGAUACUUCACUACAGUAUGUGUGAGGUUACUGCUGGAGAGCAAAGAAAAGAAAAUAAGGGAAUUUAUUCAAGAUUUCCAGAAGCUCACAGCAGCAGAUGAUAAAACAGCCCAAGUUGAGGAUUUCCUUCAGUUCCUGUACGGGGCUAUGGCUCAGGAUGCCAUAUGGCAGAAUGCCAGUGAGGAACAGCUUCAGGAUGCACAAUUAGCCAUCGAGCGCAGUGUGAUGAAUCGCAUUUUCAAACUCGCCUUCUACCCUAAUCAGGAUGGAGAUAUUCUGCGUGACCAGGUCCUUCACGAGCACAUACAGAGGUUAUCCAAAGUAGUGACUGCAAACCACAAGGCCCUUCAGAUACCUGAGGUGUAUCUCCGGGAGGCACCGUGGCCGUCGGCACAGUCCGAGAUCCGCACGAUAAGUGCUUACAAAACCCCCCGGGACAAGGUGCAGUGUAUCCUGAGGAUGUGCUCCACCAUCAUGAACCUGCUCAGCCUGGCCAACGAGGAUUCAGUACCUGGGGCAGAUGAUUUUGUUCCUGUUUUGGUUUUUGUCCUGAUAAAGGCAAACCCCCCUUGCCUGCUGUCCACUGUGCAGUACAUCAGUAGUUUCUAUGCCAACUGCUUGUCUGGAGAGGAGUCGUACUGGUGGAUGCAGUUCACGGCAGCCGUGGAGUUCAUCAAAACCAUCGAUGAUCGCAAGUAACUCGCCCAGCACACGCAUGGGCAGACUGUGAGCAGGAGAGGAGCGUCUGAGAAUGUACAACAGCUGCAAAAGCUGAAGAAAAGACUUUCCUUGUAUAAUACUGUACAGAAUUGAGGCAUUUUAAAACACACCUUUACUAAUCUAAUUAAUUUAACAGAUUUUCCUCUUCUCUUUCGGUUGCGUUUUUCUCCCCUCUAGAUACUGGCACUGCAAAAGGGACCACAGUUUUCAGGUAUUUUGGAAUCUCAAAACAUGCAGAAAAUAUUUCAUGCUUUCUCCACCACCCCUCUUGCUGAAUUCUUCCUCACGUGAAUAGUUCAUUUGAUUUCUAACAGAAAACUGAAACAAGAGGAAUCAGGGCAGCCACACAGUAAACUUUCUAGUUGAAUACACCUUUUAUUAAGAAAACACCAGCCACACUGAAAGUUUGUAGUAGCUGACAUCAGUUAUCGAUUAUAUUUCACCUAAAUUUAAAAUCUGAGAGGACAAUGUAAAUAUUAUAUAACUAUAUUUAAUGCAUUGCAAGUUUCUUUGGACUCAUUAUCCUUCGAAUAAAAAGCAAAAGCCUCUCUGACCUCUAACAGGUUGUGUUUUGGUGAUGGAAGGACUUCCUAGAAAGGCUAAGGUUUAAAAGGGCAAACUGAACUAUUUAUUAAAAUGUAAUUAAGGUUACUGAAAUUUCUAAAACUGGAAUUUUUAAUAGGGCUUAUUAGCUAGCUGAACACUUCUUGGCUAGGGCAUUAGGGUGUUACAGAGGUUUGGGUAUAUAGAGGAGAGCGACUGUAAGUUACAAUAGAGAAGUCUAAUAUAAAAAAGGAGAAAUAAAAUACCUUACUGUAAUAUUUUUUCUGAUCUAUUGUGUAUACUGUACAAACCCCAAACAGAGAUCCUUAACAGAACCUUGGGCUGUAAUAUAUAUUUUGAUUAGUGACAUUAAAUACAUAUGCCAGGGGGUUCAGUGAAUGUUUUUACUAAAUGUUCUUCGUGUUGUCUGCUAUGCAGCAGUGCAAGUUUUACUGUUCAUAUAAAAUAUUUUAAAAUAAUAUAACACUGUUCUUUAUGAAACAUAUCAUGGCAUCAGUUCAGGGUGUUUUAUAGAUUUCUCACCCCGCCUUUCCCUUAAACUGACAGUUACCAGGUUCAAGAGGUUUUUAUGCACACCACCACGUGUGUUUGUCACAACUGAAGUGGUCUGGGGCAUGGCCAGUGCGUGUUGGCUCUUUAUAAGCACUCGCUGUCCUUUUUCAGCUUGAAUACAGUGAAAAAGGACAUCAAGCAUUGAACUUUUUCAUGUCAGUAUUAUUUCUUGCUCUUUCCAGAGUGUUCAUUGCACUUCUGACAGAGGGAUGUGGUAAGGUUUGGUGUCUGUGAGUGGUAAAGAAAACAAAAUCUUUCUCACAGUCUUUUCAAAACACUAUUGGUUGAUUUUGUGUGUGUGCAUUUUGAUGAUUAAAACCUGUAAGCAACUAGUACUUGGGAAAAUCAUGUGGUUAAUUGGAAUUAGAGCAAAGUAUUGAGUGCAUGAUUUGGCUGUGCUACUUGUCAAGGCAUAAUUAAAGAAACUUACUUUCUUAGACUCAGAUAGAACUCAGCAGUUUUGCCAAACUAAUCACAGAUGAGAAGUUGGGAUGGUAACUUUUUUCUUUUAUAGUCUUUCUCCUCUAUUAGAGACUCGACUGUGUGGAGGAGCAAUACUCAAUCGAAACAGAAUUCUUCUGAUCUGCCUUACUGUGGUGACUCAGUCUGUGUAGCACUGCAAUAUUCUGGUUAUUUUGCCUUGAUGGGUUUUUGGUGCUGAACACGUAACUCAAUACUGCAAGCACAGCCCUAACCAAUAACACUCAGCAGCAAAGCACAAACAUGCCCUCAAAGAUAUGCCCAGAUCAUAUCGAAAAGCAAUAUAAAUCCAUUUAUACUGAAGUGUCCUGUAAUAUGUAAUUAUUACUUGAAUAUCCAAGACAUUAAGACCGAAGUGUGAAAGUUCUCUUAGUCUUGCAGUUUGGGUGUUGGUUGAGGAGAGUAUUUGUAGGAUCCUUAAAGAGGGCACAAGGACACUGGAGCUGGUGUUCACCCUGCACAUUGCCUCUUUGCUGACCUGGACGCAGGGUUGGGUCAGGCCCAUUGCGUCUUUCAGGUUUGCUCUCCCUUAUGGAAGAGGCAAGAACCAUUUUCUCCACAGCUUUUAUCACUUUAUUUCUCUGCAUAAAAAAAUAUUUAAAAGAACUGGUGUCUUUUUUUAAUUGUUAUUUAGUUAUUUUAAAACCAAUAAGUUUCAGUGAGCCCCAGGUGAGCUGACAGUUUUUGUAGCAAGAUGGUCCUUUGCUUCUUUUUUUUCCAACCUACUCUGAAGGUCCUUUAUAUAGUCUUGAUAGGUGUAGUUAGAGAAUUAGGCUUUCCAAAGAAUUAAAAGCCUGCCUGUAAUGUCCUUUUACUGUUUUCCCCGGUGUCCUGUAAUGUUUUGUUUUAAAAUGCUGAAUUCCAUGUCUAGGAAGUGGUGGUGUUAGGUUUGGUGUGCAAUAGUGAAGGUGAAAAGACAGUGCAUAAAGGACCAAAAGUACCAGAACUGCUGCCAAAAGAUGCCAACCAGCCACGGGCCUGUUGCUGUAAUCUCGGUGCUUUCUGUGAAUUAAACUUCUUCAGCCACUGGAGGAGGAAUGGGACAUUUUGGGGAGAGGGAGGGGGAGAGGUUGUUGGUAACAGGUCCCAGCUGGGGACAGUUGUUGUCAGUGCCGGUUGUUGGCACGUCGUGAGGAACUGCCACGUGAAAUGAUGGCAUGUCUGUGCCUGGGAAUGCUACAGACGUGCUGGUUUCCUUUUUGAGUAGAGGAGGGAAAGAAAGGGCUGGGGUUUUCAUCCCUAGGAGAUUCCUUUGUGCUCCUGAGAUUUCUCUUUAAAGCCUUUUUAAAUCCUCUUUAAGGAGAAUCAGAAUGUCUCUGGCCUACCAAGGAUUUGAGUUUAAAAGUUUUUGUUUUGAAGACCUUUUACUACCAAAUGCUGAAUGUAACUGCCAUAAAUUUCAGGAAAAAAAGCCACGAACAUGAUGCUGUUUCCUGUGGAUGAGUCUGGUGAGCACAGUGUUGGUUCGCAUUGCUUGAAAACGUUCUUGUUCUGUUAAGCCAAAUUCUCAGAGAAUUGGAGAACUCACUGCCAUGGGAAUGGGGAGGGGUGAAGAGGGUGGGAGAGGGGGCAGAGCUGUGUGUUGGCAUGAGUGAGUCACGGUGUGCUGGGAGAGCUGGAGCAGCAGGAAGGCAGUGGGGACGGAGGGGGAAGGAUGCUCGUGUGUGAGUACAGCUGGGGACGUGGUUGAGCCUGUACUACUUGAGAAUUAACCUCUGCUAAGUUAGUAGUGUGUGUUCUGUACCUUUUAAUUGUGCUUUACCUCUAUUGAAAAGCUUUGUACUGCCUCUCCUCUUUGGUAAAGCCUUUAUAAAUCUAAAUUAACGAGCUUGCACAAUCUUGUAUACAGGAACCCCAUCUUGUCUCUUAACGUGAUUAUUAAUGUAUUAUUCUGUAAAAACUGAUUAAAAGGAGAGCAGUUUAA